UACCACUUCCGUUUGAUACUUUUAUUUAUUUGUUGUUGUUCUUGUUUUAACAAAUUUGUAAACAGGAAAUGAUGCGAGGUCAAGAGGCCCCGGAGUCUAUACCCCAAUACUUGCCGCCGUAUGAGGGUCCACCACCGUGGUGUCCACCGGAAGAGAGGGACAAACACCCAGACUACUGUUCAGACUUGGAACGAUUUCUACCAAGGAACAUAAGUUUGCAAAGAAAUAAAACAUCGGAACAGCUUGGCUUUAACAUAAGAGGAGGCAAAGAGCACAACUGUGGAAUAUUUGUUUCCAAGGUGAUGCAGAACAGCGAGGCUGACAGACUAGGUUUGAGAGAAGGAGAUCAGAUUUUGUCGGUGAACGAUACCAAUUUGGAACACAUAGAUCAUGGAGAGGCUGUGAAAAUCCUGAAGAAUAACACUUCCAUCUGGAUGAUUGUGAAAUAUUUCCCGUAUGGUUACAACAAAACUUAUGAUAAAGGUCGUCAUAGCAACCCUGGAAGUCCACAGCCAACCAGAUAACUGCCUUGCCAAGGUCACUGUGGGAUGAAUGUCUUUUAAGGGUCAAGGUCAUUAAAGGGUAUUAUUGGUUUUGACUAGAAUCUCAAGAUGGAGAAAGUUGUUGGAAGUACCAUGUACUUUAUUAUAGGGCAGCAUUAUUUUUUUACAUAAUAUGCGAUCAUUUAUAAUUUCAAUGUUAAAUAUAACAUAUGCAUACAUACAUUCAUUACUUCGUUCUAAGCUUGUCUGUUUUUCAAGGUAUUGUCAUAGUCUUUGCAGUGUCUGUUGUCAGCUUGCUCUAACUUGAAAUUGGCCACAACUCAAAAAACUUUCAGGUUAUUCAAAUGAGUUUUGUUACACAUGUUGCCCGAGAAAAUUCGCACAAUGUACAGCAAGGCACUCACUCUGACAUUUAAUAAUUAUUGAGUUAUGCCCUUUAUUUGAUUGCAAAAAAUACAGACAAUUGUUGGCAUUCACUUUGCAGCGCUCUAGUUUUUGCAUUGGCAUGAUUUAGCUCACAUGUUUUUGUUAUUGAAUAUUUUUGCCAUGAUGAUAUGAACAAAAAUGACUUUUUAUCCAUAGACCAAUAUUUGAAUGCUUGACAAGAAUAUAAUGUUAUAAAGACAUGAUUGUAUGAAUCAACUUGUAUUUUACUGAAUUUGGAAAAAAUUACACAUUUGUACAGUACCAGAGGUAUUUGUGUGAUUUUUUUUUGGUUCAUGGUAUAUUUUUCUCAAGUUCAUAUUUAGCAAAAGUGGACAUGUGACAUCAUGGUGGUUACCAUGGUUACAAAAACAUCACAUCAUUUUCUGGAGCCAUGAUUAGUAUUACUUGUAUUUUUGGUAACUAUUGAAUACUAACAUAUUUGAGGUAAAUAAAGAUGUAAUGCUCUCAAACUGACCAUUAAGGUGAAGGUCUAUUUCAGGUCAAAGUUUAACUUUACCUGACAAUUUGAGAUUUCUUGUGUAUUUUUUCUUUUUUUAAAUUGGUUUGCACAGUUUGGUUACAAAGUUAUAGCAAAGUAGAAUAAUACAUAUUUCUCAAUUAGGCAUACUUUAGCAAUAAGUUAAGUUUGUUGAAAACCAGUAGGUUUUUGACUAGUGUAAUUAUUUUCUUCAUAAUAAAUGCAGUUUAUCACAAAUUAAACAUUUUAUGGUUGUUGUGUGGAAUAUAGUAAUACUAGUAAUCAUUUUAAAGAAUGUUAUAUUGAUGGUUUUUGAUGUUUGUAUAUUACAAGUUUAUGUAUUUUAUGUACAUGUUUGCAAAGGGUGUUAUAAAAAUACACGGAAAUGUGCUCUCAUUUCAUUACUUCAUCAUAAAAGUUUUAUCAUGUUUCAUUCAUUUAAUAAGAAAUAAGAGCAAUUCUGCCUAUUUUAGCACCCAUCGUACAUUGCAAUGACACAUAUCAGAGUAUAUUUUUAUGGUUAAUAUAUUUGUAUGUUUAUGUCAAAUAAAAUUUGUG